AUGUCACUCCUUCAGACGCCCGCCGAAAUCCAAGAACGGGACCGAAAAGCCCAAAUCUUGGUGGAGACUGCCCGACAACUCGAAAAUCAGAGAUACGAGCUCCUCCAACAGCUCACCUCUGUAACCCAGUCUCUGUCUUCCAUCUGGGCAGAAUACGGACUUCUCCACAACACCUCUGUUCUCAUCAACCGCCUCCCAUCCGAAGUCCUAUGUCUCAUCUUCUCCCACUGUCUAAGCUCUUCCAAACCAGCCGAGGGACAGGGAAGCUUCCCAUAUGAAGCGGAGAAACGCCCACCGGAAAUAACUAUCACCCACGUCUGCCAGCAUUGGCGACAACACGCUUUGCAAUUCCCCCAGCUCUGGAGUACGUUCCGGUACAAGACGCCUAAAUGGAGACGCGACCCUAUACAGCGGUUUAAUGCUUAUAUGGAACGCUCGUAUCCCCUCAGCGUAGACCUGUAUGUUUACCUGAAAGGCGUCCCACAUGAGGACCUCUCCAUCCUCCAAGCAGCGGCUCACCACGUCGAACGCUGGCGGGGCGUCAACAUCGUCUCCGACGACAACAACUUUGACUGGUCGAAGCUCCAAACCGCUCUCGAACACAAGGCUGCACAAAAUUUGGAGUACCUGUCCUUCCGACCGAGCUUGGUUGUGACUGGCCACACGAGUAAUGGGCAUGUUACCCCGGUCUCGAGGUUGGACCCCAAGAUCCUCACGCUGGGUGCACCCAAGCUGAGCCAGGUCCGUUUGGACGCGACUGUUCCCUAUUUUUUCCUUCCACCGCUGUCGAACGCGUCGACCAUAUGUCUGGACGCGAAAUAUAUGGGUCCGACAUCGGUUACUUGGGGCGCAUUCCUCGGCAUCCUCGCCCUCCCCAACCUAGAGAACUUAUCCAUCGGGGGACAUGUUGUCUCACCACCGAACAGCGACCAACUCCACGAACCUAUCCUCGUGGCCUCACUCAAACACCUGCGGUGGUCCAGCGAUGGCGAGCGGCUCUCCCAAUUCAUCUCACACCUAGACGCCCCCAACCUCGAAUCCCUCAUUCUAUGCGGGAUGCAACUCGCACCUCAGCCCGUCACCCCGGAAGCCAAAGUCCACCUCCCAGCCCUCCGCUCCCUGCACAUCAUCGAAUGUGGAGGUCUCAGUACGCACGCCAUCCGUUUCUUAGCCGAGGGCAGUCCAAACCUUCGCCGCCUCUUCAUGUCGUAUUAUCGCCCGAAAGAAGGGGAUCACCUUUUGGACUACCUAAACCAAGAGUCCAAGGAUGGGAACACGCAUUGGCCUAAUCUAGAGGGGGUGACAUGCUACCUGCACCAGGUAGACGAGGUCGCUCCGUACUUGGACUUUGUCCAGUCACGAGUGCCGUCUCCGGAAGGUGAGCAGCCAAGUGCUCGUCGCAGUCUCAUGGGCCUGAGAGUAAGCAAACGCUUGCUCCGGUCCUGGGAAACACAGUCGCCUGAAGGGUACUCCACCCUUCGCGACUUGUGCGCUUUGAGCUGCUGGGAGACUGUAAGAGAUAUCCUCCCGCAAGUUUGGCCUCCUGGGUGUCAGCCUGGUUUGUCGAUGGCCAACGAUCGGUCUGACCAGUUUGGGUUUGCGGUUGAUUGGAACGAGUUCUGA